CGGCUGCUUCGUACAACAACGUAGUACUGCACCCAUGCACUGCGUCUACUAUUACUCAAGUAGUAGUAUUUGUAGUCUGCUACCGUGCGAUAUGCACUUUACGUGAGAGAGCAUGCGAGUUUCUUGGUAUCUGUCAAUAAUGUGCCAGACAUAAAUCUGACGUAAUUUUCUAUUGUUGUUUAGUGUUGUUUGUCGAAUUCAGACGCGUUGAAAUUGGUGAGUCGGGGUGUAGUGUGUCACGACACGUUUGUUCUCGUUGUAAUUGUUGUUUACAUCGUAAUUGAUGGAAGUUUUAUGAUGUCCAGCAUAUCAACCUAUCCCUGAAUACCAGUAAGAAAUGAGCUUUCCAUUUCGUGGUAUUUAUUACUUUGAACUGUUUUCUGAAAGAUGGCAGGGAAUGAAAACACGACGACUGUGCAGGUGAAGGUGGAGAAACCUGAUGAGACUGGUUCCACGUCAACUGCAGAAGUUGAACACAGGAUUAUUGCCUUGGCACAGAAAAUACCAAAGGGCAUUUCUGACAAAGAUAUACAAAAUGAAAUGCCGGAUUUGCAGCCGCAACAGAGAGCCACUGUAAUAAACAAGUUACUUGCACAGGGAUUUUUUGAUCUCUUCAAUCAAAAAGGAACAUUACUGUACAAAUUGAAAGACCCGUCAAAAAAUCAGAAUGUUAAAGGUGCUGACAAUGAAGAAAAAGUGGUUUACAGAAUCAUUGAAGAGGCUGGAAACAAAGGAAUCUGGAUCAGAGAUAUAAGACAUAAAUCCAAUUUGAUACUCACACAGCUUAAUAAGAUAUUGAAAAACCUGGAAAAUAAGAAACUAAUCAAAGCUGUGAAAUCAGUAUCUGCAAGCAAGAAAAAAGUUUAUAUGCUUUAUAAUCUGGAGCCAGAUCGAUCAGUCACAGGUGGAGCCUGGUAUUGUGAUCAGGAUUUUGAAGCAGAGUUCGUUGAUGUGCUAAAUCAGCAGUGCUAUAGGUUUUUGUUAACCAAGACUGAAGCUGCAAAGGAAUGCAAAGGAGGGCCAAUAGCAGCAAGAAAUAUUUCGUAUGUUUCGUCAAAGGAUGUAUGGAAAUAUAUAAAUGACCUGGGCAUUAGCAAAGUCCAAUUAUCCGUGGAAGAUAUGGAAACGAUUUUGGAUACUCUGUUAUAUGAUGGAAAAGUUGAACGUUCACUAUCUGCUGAGGGAAAUUUUCUAUACAGAGCCAUUAAAAGUUUGCUACCUGCACCAGGAACUGUGACUAUGCCAUGUGGAGUGUGCCCUGUAUCACAUUUUUGUAACGAAAUUGGAUCCGUUAAUCCAAGAAAGUGUGUUUAUAUGAAAGAAUGGCUGGAGUAAUGCUGUGCUGUAGAUUGAAGCAGAAAAUCCUUUUGAGUGGAAGAAACCAAUCAUCCUUCUUUGUAAACAUUAUUGUCUUGUUAAUAAAAAUUUCAUGAGAUCUAGUA